CCCCGGCCCGAGCCAGAAAGCCGGGAUGGCAGCGGAGCCCGCAGCGCCAGGAGCCGCCAAAGGGAAGUCGUCAGCUGCGGGGGCCGGAGCGCUGUGCUGAGCCGAGUCCUGGAUGGUGGUGCCUCUCCCUUUCCGAGGAAAGCAUGGUUUUGCUACGGCAGUUCGGGCUUCUUCUCUGGAAGAACUACAUCUUGCAGAAACGCCAAAUUUUUGUCACGGUCAUCGAGAUCUGCCUGCCGCUGCUGUUUGCUGCGAUCCUCAUUGCCCUUCGGCACCGAGUGCACUCCGUCAACCACCCCAACGCCACCAUCUUCCGUAACGUGCAGGUGGAUAAGCUGCCCAAUUUCUUCUAUUGGCACCCGGGCCCCUGGGAGCUGGCGUACGUCCCCUCCAACAACACAGCUGUGAAGCGCAUCGUUGAGGAAGCGGUGGAGACGCUCGAUAUCGAUAUCAAAGCUCAUGGCUUCCCAUCUGAGAAAAACUUUGAAGACUACAUCCGUAUUGACAAUCACUCCGGCAACGUGUUGGCUGGACUGGUAUUUGAACGCUGCUUUGCUCACAGUCAGGAGCCCUUGCCAUUGCAGGUCAGUUACCGGCUACGUUUCAAAUACAGCCCUCGGAACGCCCCUGCAGAUGAGCAGACCGGACUGAACCCCAACCGGGACCGAGACUGGCACACCAGCUACCUCUUCCCAUUGUUACAAUUACCCGGCCCCCGAGAACCCAAGUAUUAUGACGGAGGGACGCCAGGAUACUUCCGGGAAGGUUUCCUGGCAAUCCAGCAUGCCGUGGACAAGGCCAUCAUGCAGUACCACACCAACGGUUCUGCCGCGGAGCUCCUCGAUAGGGUCACCGUGGUGGUCCGGCGCUUCCCCUACCCGCCGUACGUGAAUGACCUCUUCCUCCUGGCCAUUCAGAACCAGCUCCCGCUGCUGCUCAUGCUGAGCUUCACCUACACCUCGCUCAACAUCGUCCGCGCUGUGGUGCACGAGAAGGAGAAGAAGCUGAAGGAGUACAUGCGGAUGAUGGGUCUCAGCAACUGGUUGCACUGGAGUGCCUGGUUCCUCAUGUUCUUCCUCUUCCUCUUGGUGUCCAUCUUCUUUGUCACUGUGCUCUUCUCCGUCAAGGUGAGCGAGCAGGGAGCGGUGCUCACCAACAGCGACCCAACUCUGGUUUUCACCUUCCUGGCAGUCUUCUCCAUCUCCACCAUCUCCUUCAGCUUCAUGGUCAGCACCUUCUUCUCCAAAGCAAAUGUGGCUGCCGCUGCCGGGGGAUUCCUCUAUUUUUUCUCCUACAUCCCCUACUUCUUCAUCUCUCCACGCUAUGACCUCAUGACCCACGACCAGAAGCUUUCGUCCUGCCUCCUCUCCAACGUCGCCAUGGCCAUGGGAGCCCAGUUGAUCGGCAUGUUUGAAGGCAAAGGCACUGGGGUGCAAUGGAGGGACUUGAUGAAGCCGGUCAGCGUGGACGAUAACUUCACUGUGGGUCAUGUGCUGGGGAUGUUACUGCUGGACUCUGUGCUUUACGGCUUGGUGGCUUGGUACGUGGAGGCCGUGUUCCCGGGAGAGUAUGGCAUCCCACAGCCCUGGUACUUCUUCUUAUUGCCAUCAUACUGGUGUAGCAGUCCUCAGACAGUUUUGGGAAAAGAGAAAGAGGAGGAGGAAGACCCAGAGAAGGCCCUAAAAAGCCAGUACAUAGAAGAAGAGCCAUCAGAUCUGGUGUCAGGAAUUAAAAUCAAGCACCUGUCCAAGGUGUUCAAAGUAGGGAACAAGACCAGGGAAGCCGUUCGGGACCUGACUCUGAACAUGUACGAGGGGCAGAUCACGGUUCUUCUGGGACACAACGGGGCGGGAAAAACAACCACGUUGUCCAUGCUCACAGGGCUGUAUCCUCCCACAAGUGGCCAGGCCUACAUCAACGGCUACGAGAUCUCCCAGGACAUGGUCCUGAUCCGGAAAAGUCUUGGCCUUUGCCCUCAGCAUGACGUCCUCUUCGACCACAUGUCGGUGGAAGAGCACCUGCACUUCUACUCUGGGCUGAAAGGUUUCCCCGUCGAGAAAUACCCAGAGGAGAUCAACCGCAUCCUUUACAUCCUCAAUCUACAGGAGAAACGCGUUUGUUUGUCAAAGGCCUUGUCCGGAGGCAUGAAGCGGAAACUCUCUAUUGGCAUUGCACUCAUUGGGGACUCCAAGGUGGUGAUGCUGGACGAGCCGACCUCCGGCAUGGACCCCGUUUCUCGCCGAGCCACCUGGGAGCUCUUGCAGCAGCAGCGCAGCAGCCGCACCAUCCUGCUCACAACGCACUUCAUGGACGAGGCGGAUCUGCUGGGGGACCGCAUUGCCAUUAUGGCGAACGGGGAGCUGCAGUGCUGCGGGUCGUCGCUCUUCCUCAAGCACAAAUACGGUGCAGGAUACCACAUGGUGAUGGUGAAGGAGCUAUGCUGCAACCUUGAGGAAAUCUCCCGUCUCAUUCACCAUUACGUGCCCAAAGCCACCCUGGAAAGCAAUGCUGGAGCAGAGCUCUCCUUCAUCCUGCCCAAAGAGAGCACACACAGGUUUGAGGCCCUGUUCACAGAGCUGGAAUUACGGCGGGAAGAACUGGGCAUUGCCAGUUACGGAGCCUCGGUCACUACUAUGGAGGAGGUGUUCCUCAGAGUCGGCAAGCUGGUCGAUUCCAGCAUGGACAUUCAAGCCAUCCAGCUGCCAGCUUUGCAGUACCAGCACGAACGGCGGUCCAACGACUGGGCCGUGGACGACUCCAGCAGCCUGAGCGGAAUGACGGACAUGACGGACGACAGCGGGGCUCUGAUCACGGAAGAUUGCUCCAACAUUAAGCUGAACACGGGGUUCUACCUCUGCUGCCAGCAGUUCUAUGCCAUGUUCAUGAAGAGGGCCAUGUACAGCUGGCGCAACUGGAAGAUGGUGGCUGGCCAGUUCCUGGUUCCUCUGAUUUUCACCGCCUUCGCCUUGGUCGUGGCCAAGACCUUUCCGGGCCCUCGGGACUCUUUGCUGCUGAAGCUGACGUUGAAUCCGUACGGCCAGACGACGGUGCCGUUCUCGGUCUCCCAAGGACCCAGCGCGGCUCAGAGGUUGGCGGCACAGUAUAAGGAUGUGAUUGCCGCUCAGCACCAAAAGCCGUUGGAGGUGGUGGGUAACCUCCAGGAAUACCUGAUUUCUCGCGCAUCCGAAGAGGGCGGUGCCUUUAAUGAGCACUACAUUGCAGCAGCUUCUUUCGAGGAAACGGAGGACCGAAUACGGGUCAUGGCUCUCUUCAACAACCAGGCAUAUCAUUCCUCCGCGGCAGCGCUGCUGCUGGCAGACAACGCCUUGCUGAAGUUCCUGGCCGGCCCGAACGCUUCCAUCACAGUUGCUAACUAUCCACAGCCCCGCAACGUGACGGAGACGGCGAAGGACCAGCUCAUGGAAGGCCAGACGGGAUUUGCCAUUGCGAUCAACUUGCUCUACGGAAUGGCUUCCCUGUCCAGCACCUUUGCGCUCUUGUUAGUCAGCGAAAGGGCCAUCAAGGCCAAGCACGUGCAGUUCGUCAGCGGGGUCUACGUCAUCAAUUUCUGGCUCUCAGCUCUCCUGUGGGACCUCAUCAACUUCCUCACUCCUUGCAUCCUCAUACUGGUGAUAUUCCAGGCCUUCAGCGUGAAAGCUUUCACCGAGGACAACCACCUGGUCGAUGUGAUGCAGAUCUUUCUCCUCUACAGUUGGGCCAUCAUCCCUCUCAUGUACCUGCUCAGCUUCUUCUUCUCCGUAGCAGCCACGGCCUACACACGCCUCACCAUCUUCAACAUCUUCUCAGGCACCGCCACCUUCCUGGCGGUCACGAUCAUGAGCUUCCCAGAGCUUGGGUUGGUGGAUCUCUCGGCGACGUUGGAUAAAGUCUUUCUCAUCCUGCCCAACUAUUGCCUGGGACAAAGCAUCAGCGACUUCUACCAGAAUUACGAAUUCAUUCAGUUCUGCACCUCUUCUUUGAAAGCUUCUUUCAUCUGCAAAGCAUUUAAUAUCACCUACCAACCCAAUUACUUUGCCUGGGAGAGCCCCGGGAUUGGCAAAUACUUGACCGCCAUGGCCGUGCAAGGGCUCUUCUUCCUCCUCCUCCUCUUCCUCAUCGAGACCAACCUCCUUUGGAGAGUGAGGACCAUAGUCUGCGGCAUGCGGCGGAGGCGGAAGUGGAUGCUGCUGCUGAACAGAGUCCCUGUGCUGCCAGAAGACCGAGACGUCGCAGACGAGAGGAAGAAGGUUUUGGAGUCGCCAACGUCGUCGAUUUCGUCGCUGAACAGUCCCCUAGUCAUCAAGGAACUUACCAAGGUGUACAGCAGCCGGGACUCGUGCUUGGCGGUGGACAGAAUCUCCCUGGCGGUCAGCAAGGGCGAGUGCUUUGGCCUCCUUGGCUUCAACGGGGCAGGCAAGACCACCACUUUCAAGAUGCUGACGGGGGACGAGAGCAUCACGUCGGGAGACGCCUAUGUGGACGGGCACAGCAUUCUGGCCAAUAUCAAAAAGGUCCAGCAGCGGAUUGGCUACUGCCCUCAGUUUGAUGCCCUUUUGGAUCACAUGACCGGGAGGGAGACCUUGAGCAUGUACGCCCGGUUGCGGGGCAUCCCCGAGCGGUACAUCGGCAGCUGCGUGGAGAACAUGCUGCGAGGGUUGCUCCUGGAGCCGCACGCGAACAAGCUGGUCAGGACGUACAGUGGCGGCAACAAGCGGAAGCUGAGCGCCGGGAUAGCCCUGAUCGGUGGGCCCCCGGUCAUCUUCCUUGACGAGCCGUCCACUGGCAUGGACCCUGUGGCCAGGCGCCUGUUGUGGGAUGCAGUCGCCAGGACGCGGGAAUGUGGGAAGUCCAUCAUUAUUACGUCUCACAGCAUGGAGGAGUGUGAGGCCUUGUGCACCAGGCUGGCCAUCAUGGUAAACGGGCAGUUCAAAUGCCUGGGCAGCCCUCAGCACCUGAAGAGCAAAUUCGGCAGCGGGUACACCCUGCUGGCAAAAACCCACAGCGACGACGAGGACAACCUGCAGGCCUUCAAGGCGUUUGUGGAGAAAACUUUCCCAGGGAGUGUCCUGAAGCAUGAACACCAGAGCAUGGUCCAUUAUCACCUCACCAAUAAGAACCUCAGCUGGGCACAGGUCUUUGGGGCGCUCGAGAAAGCCAAAGAGAAGUACUACGUGGAGGAUUAUUCCGUCAGCCAAAUAUCGUUGGAGCAAGUCUUCAUGAGCUUCACCCGUUUCCAGCACUACAUGGAGGACCGAGGGAAAUGAGCUGGGGGGCCGCCCCCCCCCCCGCCUGCUCCACGGACUGACCUGCCUAUACAUAGUAUACAUAGAGACAGUAAUUUAUAUUAUCAACCAUGUCUUUCGACAGUGCAUCCGAGGAUGGACGUUCACGGCUGGCGGGCGAGGACACAGAGGGGGGGGAGGCUCCCGCUCAUGCCGUGGCACUGGGAUCAGGAGGGUGAGGGGGGACACACACGUGUGUGCCGGUGUACCUUGGCAUGGGCGCGGCUCGGGCAAAAGGAAUGAAGGCCUUUCAAGGUGGCCUGCCCAUCCUACCAGCUCUCUCACUCCACCUUCAAGCCAACAGAAGAGGGCCAGGGGCCGGUAGUCAACUCCUGGUGCCGCGAUGGCAGGCAGG